AAGCUCUUUCACUGCCAAAGACAAACAGUGAACACUUCAAAGCCAUGGGGAUGCUGCUGCACUUGAGUUUGGUAGUUCUUGGAGCUGCCCAUGUUUGUGCACGGGCCUUGGAAAUUCCCAUGAGUACAUUGGUAAAAGAAACUUUGACACUGCUUUCCACUCAUCAAACUCUACUGAUAGGUAACGAGACCCUGAGGAUUCUUGUUCCUGCACAUAAAAAUCACCAACUAUGCAUUGAAGAAAUCUUUCAGGGAAUAGAUACACUGAAGAAUCAAACUGCACAAGAGGAUGCUGUGGAAAGACUAUUCCAAAACUUGUCUUUAAUGAAAAAAUACAUUGACCUCCAAAAAAAAAAGUGUGGCCAGGAAAGACGGAGAGUCAAGCAAUUCUUAGAGUACCUGCAAGAGUUUCUUGGUGUGAUAAAUACUGAGUGGAUGAUGGAACGCUGAGGCUAAACUGGCUGAUUGUAAUCAAAGCUUUUAUUUUUUUUAUUAGACAUAUUUUUAACUGAUACAUAAAAACACAAAAACUGUAUAUAUUAAUGGGUACCAUGUGAUGUUUGACACAUGUACACAUUGGUAGGUUAAACAUAGCUAUGUCCUCAAACAUUUAUCCCUCUUUAUAUCAAAACAUUUAAAAUCCUUUCUUCUAAGGAUAUACAAGACACAAUCACUAUCUAUAGUCACCCUUCUGUGUAACAGCACAUCAGAUCUUCUUAUAAUCUAACUGUAAUUUAGUACCUGUUGAUCAACAUUUCCUCCUCCCUCCUCCCCACUACUUUCCCCAGCCUCUGGCCAUGGUUCUACUUUGCAUUUAUUUUUACAUUCCACCCAUGAGUGAGGUCAUGUGGUACUUACCUUUCUGUGCCUAGAGUAACCAGAAUCUGAAGGAGGGAAAGGACAUUUUAUUGCAAAAAGAAUGAGAACCUGGGGCUGGGGAGAUAGCUCAGUUGGUAGAGUGCUUGCCUUGUAAGCACAAGGCCCUGGGUUCGAUCCCCAGCACCCAAAAAAAAAAAAAAAAAAGAGAGAAUGAGAACCAACCAAGAUUGGCUCUUAGUUUUCAAUGGCAUUAAACUUCAGAAGCAAGCCGGUCAUGGUGGUGCAUGCCAGUAAUCCCAGUGACUUGGGAGGAUGGCAAGUUCAAGGCCAGUCAGCAACUUAGCGAGGCCCCAAGCAACUUAGGAAGAUUCUGCCUCAAAAUUUUAAAAAGGGGUGGGGUUGUGGCUCAGUGGUAAAGCACCCCUGAGUUCAAUUCCCAGUACCAAAAUUAUAUGUAAAGUAAAAUAAAAGAAACUUCAGAGAUGAAGUAAAUAUUUUCAGGAGUACUGCUACUUUACCAUCUCACACAAGCAGAAAGCAUAAAAUAUUUGAGAUGUUUCAGACAUCAAAAUCACUGAAGUGUUCUCAUUCAGUUUGCCAAAUACAUAAAUACUUAUAUUUAACAUUCUGUAAGAUGUCAAUUAACUUAAUAUUAUUUAUGAAAUGAUUAAGAAUUUGGUAAAUUAAUAUUUAUUUCAUGCUCUGUGAUAUUCCAAUAAAAUAAAAAUGGACAACUCUGA